AUGGCGCUGCUCCUGGGCUCUUGGAUCGCCGAGUUGGUCGUCGUCUUGUCGGCGGCCGCGCUCGCCCACUACCUGUGGUUCUCCAAAGAGAGGUACGUCGGGUUUUACGGAUUCCGUCGGCCACUGCUGCUUAUCCGUGACCCUGAACUCAUCCGCCACGUCCUUGUCAAGGAUUUCGGGACGUUCCACGAAAGGGGACUGUUCAUCGACGACGAAGAACCUCUCAACAAACAUCUCUUUUUCCUGGCGGGAAAGAAGUGGCGCCAGCUGAGAAUCAAAUUAAGCCCUACGUUCACAUCCGGCAAACUUAAGGGCAUGUUUAAGACGAUCCAGGACUGCGGGCAAGAGAUGGCGGACGUGAUUGGAGACAUGGUGGACCGCGGGCAGUCGGUGGAGGUGCGCGAGCUGAUUGCGCGGUUCACCACUGACGUCAUCUCCUCCGUCGCCUUCGGUCAGGAGUGCAACUGCCAGCGGAACCUGGAGCACGAGUUCCGACAGUGGGGACGCAAGAUCUUUGAGCCCACUUGGCAAUCAAGCAUCGGUUUCGUUCUGAGCUUUGUGAGCCCAGCACUAAUGGAGUAUUUAAGGGUCAAGGGAGGAGCGACGAAUGUCAGCAAAUAUUUCCAGCAGAUGGUUGCAGACACUGUCGCUUACAGAGAGAAGAACAACUGUACAAGGAAAGACUUCAUGGACCUCAUCAUUCAGCUCAAAAACAAGGGAUACGUCGACCCUGACAAAGGAGAGGCAGUGGAGAAUGGGCAGCAGAAAGGAGCCGGCACCACCGACAAAUUGUCGAUGGAAGACAUGGCAGCGCAGGCGUUCGUCGUUUUCGGUGCGGGCUUCGAGACUUCUUCAACAGCGACGAGCUUCACGCUUCACGAACUGGCGCUCAACCCCGAAAUACAGAGCAAGCUGCACGAUGAAAUUGACGCCGUGCUCGAGGAAAACGGCGGUGACAUUUCCUACGACACCAUCGGCAAAAUGACUUACCUCGACACGGUUGUAUCCGAGUCUCUCAGGAAAUAUCCACCAGCACCUGUGCUGAACAGACAGUGCAACCAAGACUACAAGAUUCCAGACAGCGACGUCGUUCUGGAGAAGGGAACUCCAGUAGUGCUGUCUGUGCUGGGCCUCCACCACGAUCCCACGCAUUUCCCUGACCCCGACCGCUUCGACCCUGAGAGGUUCUCCGAAGAGGCCAAAGCUAAGCGCCACCCCUAUGUGUACCUGCCUUUCGGGGAGGGACCACGCAUUUGCAUAGGUAUGAGGAUGGGCCUGUUGCAAACCAACAUCCUGUCAAAGUACAGUGUGCGACCCACAGAGAAGACAGUAACUAACCUGGAUUACCAUCCUAGGUCCAUAAUCCUCUUGUCUAAAAGUGGAAUCCAUCUUCAGUUUGUAAAGCGUUUCUAG